AUGUUAUGGUGCUGCCACUCUGCAGGUGACCUAGCAAAGAAGAAGAUAUACCCGGCGCUGUUUGCCCUGUAUGUUGAGGGCCACCUGCCAAAGAACUUCUCCAUCUUUGGCUAUGCUCGCUCCAAGAUGUCAGAUGAGGAAUUUAGGGAGUACAUUGGGGGCUCCCUCACUUGCCGGCUGUCUGACGGCGAGAACUGUGGAGACAAGUUUGACGAGUUCCUGGAAAGGUGCUUCUAUCAGCCAGGCCAAUACGCGUCAGAGGAUGACUUCAGGGCGCUCUCAGACCGACUCUCAGAGGUGGAAAAGGAGAAGGAGAAGGCGAAUAGGGUGUUCUACCUGUCCAUCCCCCCUUCCAUUUUCACUGCGGUGGCAGGCUGCGCGUCCACAGCUGCUUCAAGCCCUUCCGGCUGGACGCGCGUCAUCGUAGAGAAGCCCUUUGGCAAGGACAGCGAAUCAUUUGCGCAGCUUGAGAAGGAGCUGAGCAACUACCUGACGGAAGAUCAGAUGUAUCGAAUCGACCAUUACCUGGGGAAGGAGCUCAUUGAAAACCUGACGGUGUUGCGAUUUGCAAACUUGGUGUUUGAGCCCUUGUGGAGCAGGCAGUACAUCCGCAAUGUGCAAGUGAUAUUCAGCGAGGAUUUUGGUACCGAGGGUCGUGGGGGGUACUUUGACCAGUAUGGCAUCAUCCGUGAUGUCAUCCAGAACCACCUGCUGCAGAUUGUCUCACUCUUUGCGAUGGAAGCACCGGUCAGUCUGGCUGCAGAGCACAUCCGCAAUGAGAAGGUCAAGGUGCUGCGCAGCAUGAAGAAGCUGAGCCUGGAUGACGUUGUCAUCGGCCAAUACCGCGGCCGCUCCGGCAGUGGCGUUGAUAAGCCUGGCUACCUGGAUGACGACACUGUGCCGGAGGGCAGCCUGUGUCCCACGUUUGCAUCUGUUGCGGUGUUCAUCAACAAUGCGCGCUGGGCGGGCGUCCCCUUCCUGCUCAAGGCUGGCAAAGCACUGGCCAGCCGCCGGGCUGAGAUCCGGGUCCAGUUCCACCAGGUGCCAGGUGGCCUUUAUCAGGACAAGCUGGGGCACGACGGUGACAGAUCCUCCAACGAGCUGGUUCUGCGCAUUCAGCCAGAUGAGGCCAUCUACCUCAAGAUCAUCAACAAGGUUCCUGGUCUGGGCCUCAACCUGGACGUCACAAAGCUGGACCUCACCUACAAGCAGCGAUACAACAUCCACCUGCCAGACGCAUACGAGCGCCUGAUACUGGACGUCAUCAAUGGCGACAAACGCCUGUUCAUCCGCAACGAUGAGUUGGACGCUGCAUGGGCCCUCUUCACCCCCAUCCUCAAGGAGAUUGAAGAGAAGAAGAUCCAGCCAGAGACGUAUCCAUAUGGCAGCAGGGGGCCAAUUGGGUCUCACUACCUAGCAGCAAAAUAUGGCGUACGAUGGGGUGACAUUUUGUCAGCUGAAGACUGA